AUGAGUUUGGACUACCAGAGGUUCUUGAACGGAGGGCUCUUGCACAAUCGUUACACACGUGUUGAAGGACUUAACGAGGGAUCCUUCGGUAUCGUUUCCCUUGCGAAGGAUGCACUUAACGGCAGCAAGUUGGUUGCAUUGAAGUAUAACACAGGGGAAUUGGAGGAUUUUGAGGCCUUUGAACAAAAGGAAGCCAAGACUACUUAUGCAAAUGCUAAGAUCGAGCAUCCCGAUGUCGACAAGUCAUUUGUACUCUCGGAAACCACCAGAGAGGUGAAGAUGCUUCGUAAGGCAGGCAGACAUCCCAACAUUGCUCAACUUCUUGACAACUUUGACACCUAUAUUGUACUAGAGUACGUGUCUAGAGGAGACUUACACGAUGCCAUUCAAUUAGGAAUUGCCCCCGUUUCUACUAGGGACGUUGUUGACGUUUUCAUGCAACUUAUUAGUGCAGUAGAGCACUGUCACAAUCUUGGAAUUUACCAUAGAGACAUAAAACCCGAGAAUAUCCUCAUUGCCGAAGACUGGUCUAUAAAAUUGACCGAUUUUGGACUUGCUACAGAUCACCUCUGGUCCACUGAUUUUGACGUUGGAAGUGAACGAUAUAUGGCUCCUGAAUUGCUAGAACACAAUGAUAUAGACAGCUAUAGGGCUGAUAAAGUUGAUGUCUGGUCAAUGGGAAUAUGCCUUCUCAAUAUCGUCUUUGGAAAGAGUCCCUUUAAAUCGGCCAGUUCUGGUGACAAGAUGUUUCUCUACUUUGCUGCCAACAGAGAGACUUUAUUUGAUAUUUUCCCCUCGAUGAGUUACGAUCUUUUUGGAGUUAUGAGGCAUUCGUUGACUAUAGAUCCUGAAAAUAGAGACCUUCAGCAGAUGAAGGAAUCUUUAAGUAAGGUAGAUGUCCUCACUUAUGACUAUGAAUUUGAGGAGGAAGAAGAAGAAGCUACUUUCGACCUUCCCGAGCUUGCUGCGGAGCCUGCAACUCCUGAAAUUAUUCCUACUCCUAUAAAGAUUUCAGGAAAGCCCGAGGAUGAUACCUUGGGCAAGUAUAUACUCAAACCUUAUUCAGGAGAGAAUGCAUUGGCAAUGGAUUUCCAUGGUGUGAACAAAGUGCCAGAGCGGCCUGUUCAAACAUCAGUUCCUGUGACUGCGUCUCAGAUUUAUACCGUUCCAAAGGGUAAGCAUCGGUUCCCACAUCAUCGGAAACCGCUUAACAUUCCAGCCGGCACUCGUCAUAGGAACAGAUCACAAAAGGGAAGGGUGAACAAGGAAACAUACACCGAAUCAGAGCUGAAUGGCUCAUUUUUGAGAGAGGACUACUUUACUCCACGGUCUGUAUUUAAUCAUUACAUGGAAAAGACCAACCAGCAUCGGAAAUUCGAUCAUAGAGCUCGUGAACAGCAACAGCAGCAGCAGCAUAGAUAUGAUUAUCACGAGGAUCGGCACAGCGGACGUGCUUGGAGACAGAGAAAGAACCAGCGUAGCUAUGCUUUCAACAAGUAUCGUUCUGGUAAUAGGGUGAAUGGAAGGAAACCGUACUUCAACUCGGGCAGAAACUACUUAUAUGCCAGGAACAAUGCUAGAUCGAGUUCAUUCCAAGAUGAUCGAAACAAUGGUGGCAUAGCUAGAAGUAUCCCUAUUUCUCAAUCAUCUAAUACGGCACGAUGCGCCUACAAACCACGGACGCUACAGAACCUUAGUAGCCCCUCUGGAAAAUACAUUCCUCCGAAUAUGAGGAGCAGACCUCUCAGUCCGGGACUUCCACCAGUAAUGGGACCGGAAUUAGAGCUUGCUCCUCCAUUAGAGGGUGCCACUGAAGAUGACGAAAUGUUCAUGUUUGAAGACGCUGGAGCUAGGAAAGAGACUAAAGUUGAAGAUAACAGUCAGCAGAUCUCUGCCCUUUCGAGAAAGUUUAGAGAUUGUACCCUCAAUGUUACUUCUACAGUGCCAGAACUUUCACUCUCUGCACCUCAGGAAAAAUAUGUUCCUCCGCACCACCGACGGAAGAGUUCUUAUUCGUCGAAAAGCAGACCUAUUUUCUUGUGCCCCAAGAAGUACAAUAUUCCACAUAAUAACGUGACACCAAUGACCGCAGCUGCAGCUAAGUCGGAAGACCGUGUCAUCUCAUCGUCCGUUCCUGCGAAGAACACCAACUGGUUUAUGCAGCACUACCAGCCACAUAAGGAUAAAAGUACUAUCAUGACUGGCGAUCGGAGUAACUGGUAUGAUUAUGAUGACCAGGACUUGGAAGAUUACGUAUCAGAGGGAUUUGGCCUCUCUUAUGUGAAUGGAGAAAACAGAGAGGGUAGGCAUCUCCAGAUGAAAGACAUACGUGGACACGGAAAACUAAACUAA